AAGAAGUAAAUAGCGAGAAUAAGGUUAUGAGUGAAACAACUUAAAGGUUUUGUUUUGGAAGUAGUCAAGGGUCCUUAAUUUUCUAUAAGUACCUAUCCAAAAAUAAUUUUCAUUUUCUAACAUAAAAAUUAUAUUUUUAAAACAUGUCUACGUCCAUGGAAGACGUUCUUUUACAAGUACCCCAUGUACGUUAUAAAAAAGGUGAUGGGUCACUGUUUCUCAUGGACCAGAGAUUGAUUUGGAUGGUAGAAAACAAGGACACUGUAGUUGUAUCACAUCCAUAUGCAGAUAUAAAGUCUCAAAAGAUUUCUCCCGAAGGAAAAGCUAAAGUCCAGUUACAAGUUGUCCUUCAUAAUGGGGUUUCUUCCACAUUUCAUUUUACAAACAAAAACGGGCUUGAAGCUCAAUUGGCCGAUAGAGAUAAAAUCAAAGAAAUGUUACAAAGCCUUCUCCCGAAGUUCAAAAGAAAGGUAGACAAAGAAUUAGAAGAAAAAAAUAAACUGCUAUCCAGUAACCCUGCCUUGCUACAAUUGUACAAAGAUUUAGUCAUAACCGAAGUUGUAUCUUCCGAAGAGUUCUGGUCACAGCAUGCUCAACAGUAUACUCAAAAACAGAAACAGCAACCCCAGGAGAUAGGAGUUUCUGGUGCAUUUCUGGCUGACAUAAAACCUCAGACUGAUGGCUGUAAUGGGCUCAAAUAUAACAUCACUCCCGAUAUAAUUGAGUGUAUAUUUAAGACAUAUCCAGCUGUGAAGAAAAAGUAUAUUGAUAAUGUUCCCUCGAAGUUAUCAGAAUCUCAGUUUUGGACAAAAUUUUUCCAAUCACACUAUUUUCAUAGAGAUCGAAAAUAUGCCGAAAGCAAAGACAUAUUCACAGAAUGUGGUAAAAUAGAUGAUCAGGAAAUGAAAAAAGACAUACAAAGUGGUGUUAAGGAUCCCUUGGUAAACUUGACAGAGUUUGAAGACAAAACUUUUGAUGAGGGUUUUGGUAUUGCUACUGAACAGUCAUCAACUAAUACGGGUACAGUUAGCCAGGCUAUGAUAAAAAGAUUCAAUCAGCAUUCAAUAAUGGUAUUAAAAUCAUCUAAAAACCAAGGCAGUGAUACUCCUGUGCAAGAAAAUGGAUUAGAUCCAAAAACUUCCAGUACAAAUGGUCUAAAGCCUGGUGCCAAAGUAAGGGACGAUGGUUCAGUUAGCAAAAGACAAAGGAUAUUAGAAAAGAUAACUUAUGAUGAUUUAGAAGAUACCAGUGAAAGUACUAUUCAGAAGGGCGUUCCUUUGAGUUUAUCAAAGGUCGAAAGGUAUUUACAUGGCCCCAUGCCUGAUUCUGCCACAGAAUAUUGGAAUGCAAAUGAGGCAUCUGCAGUUUUGAGAGGAGUGGCUCAAGAAACAAAACAGUGGGGAAAGAGACAUCCAUCUAAUAAUUUAGUGAGCCCCGCUGCGGCAGUGGGAGCCUUAGGAGAACUAUCACCGGGCGGUGCUCUGAUGAGAGGGUUUCAGGAACAAUCGUUAGCUGAAUUAGUACCUGCAGAUAUAGAAAAGGAGGUAAGGAAUCUGUAUCUUGCUCUUUGUGAACUGUUACACCAUUUCUGGCAUUGUUUUCCCCCCACAUCGAGCAACUCAGAAGUCAAACUUGUUAAGAUGCAUGAAGCAUUAAAUAGAUUCCACACUGCCAAAUUAAAGCCAUUCGAGGAUAAAUUAAUGAGAGAAUUGUCCCCGCUCUCCCAUCACCUGACCAAACACUUGAAUCAGCUACUGAAUGCUGCCUAUCAAAAAUUCAAUAACUGGCAAAAGGUCAAAGGUCGGUAGAACACAACUGCCAAGUUCUCAUUAUUUUUUGGUCAAAAUAGGUAGAGCAAUAUUCAUCAAUUUCACAGUACCAUCAAUAUGAAAAUAGGAUAAUUAUUAUUAAGACUCAUAUUCCUUUUCAAUGGUGCUGUAAAAUGUUUUUCCAUGUUUAUAACUUGUAAGUCAUUUUAUAUGAGCAGUCUUUGUUUAAUUUAUUUCAACUGUUAUUGAUUAAAUCAUGAUUUAUUUGA